AUGACGACCAAGAAGCCCUUCAUUGCAGAUUUAGGCUCUGGCAUUGAUCAACACGCUCUGAUACGUAACACGCGUGGAGUCGUUCGACAGAGUGCUCACUACUGGCAACACAACGAAGAUGUCAAGGAUGACAACACGCCCGGCGUUGAUGGGUCUUACUGGCCGACCGCACUUGACAUUGAUCAAUUAGAGGGACACGACCAUGCGGCUUUGCUUCUGGGCGUCGAAAGUGUUCCUGAGGGGGAAUGGUUAAUGUAUGGACAUCAAGGAAAUACGCCUUUGUUUAAGCAGAAGAAGCCUUUGGUCGUCCCUCCGUACAGUAACGACCAUUUUUACGUCAAGGACAUCAGCUUCAGAGUUCCUUGGGCGCGUAAAGAUUUCCCUUGGGGAUUCGCUGGCGACGUCAAGUGGACACUUCGCAGGAAGUCGUCUUCGCCGGCUUCCGAGUCCGAAGCUGAAUGCAUCGAUCUGGGCGUCACCCGCCUCGAGUACUACGGCAUCGCUAAACUUGCGCCCUUAUUUGGCGGGGCUGUAGACGUGGCUUUCCUCCGUACUUUUGUACUGCCCGCUCGAUCCUCCAGCGCCACUGACUGGCCGCGUCACGUUGCCAAAGCCGCCUUCUGGGACUUUGGAUUCCGCUACAACUCUUCAUCUGGAGCAUCGUCUUACGCAUCAGGAUACACAUCCGAGACGUUCAACCUCCGCCGUUGGACCCGGGACGCCGGCAGGAACGAGCUCGUCAACUGUUACGACCAAGCAGGGCUGGUUCAGAUCGCGCUCGCGCUGGCAGGACCCAGAAUUGGAAAGUCACAGAUGAUGCAUCUCGACCCUUUUGGAUUUGUAAACCCUACUGAGCUGGUUGGACGCGGACUCACGAACAACCCGUUUCCGCACAGUGCUGAGCAGGCAGCCAAGAAGGCGGGAAUCAGCAAUACCUGGCUUGUUGAUCGGAAUUCUCCGUACCGCUCGCCCUUCUCCAGACAUACCUUCGUCCGUCUCGGAGAUGAACAUGGACGCAUCAUAGAUGCUUGCGCAGGGCCUCAUCUGGGCACCGAAACUCUUCAAGAGUACAUAGAUGCUGCUGUCAGUCAAGUGUCUGAAGGGCCCAACGACGACGAUCCGAACACGACAUUUCUCUAUUCGAGAGAGAUUUGCAAGCACCCCGCCACUGUGGGAGAUCUGAACCACUCACACCGCGGGGUCACGGCGAUCAACGCUUGUCCAAUUCCUAGUCCCGAGAAGGCCGAGAAGCGAGAGAAGACGCCGUACAGCAGCGUGAGUAUGUCUGUGGCCACCUCCAAAGGAACACCGGCCGAGGCACCUUCCAAGUUCCGGUUAUCCGACCUCACUGACGCUCUCGAGCGCGCCUCCGGUAUGAAAGUCGAGCUGGAAUUGCGCGUCAAUUCUUUCGGCGCCCACGUCACGUACGACGUCCCCUGCUUCCUCCCGGACGGCACUGAGAAGGAUGCGAUUGACGUGCAAAUCGUGGUGCUGCAGACAAAUGACCAGGCGCAGAAGUACUUCGAAUGGGACCUGCACAACUACCACAACACGGAUGCGGAGCAUUGGGAAAAGCUUGGAGUCCCGGAGUUCGACGACAGACUCUCUCUAGCCAGCGCUGGUGUUGAUGGCAAACGCGGCGUUAUAGUCUGGGUACGAGGACAGAUGUUCUUGCGGGUGGAGGGCUACCCGUCCUCGAUCGCUCUCUGGGAGGGUUACGGGAGGGAGCUCGAUGCACUGCUCAGAGCGCCACGAGGGGAUUCUUCGUUUCAGGUCACAGUCAGCCCGCAGGACUGCACUGUUGCUAGAUUCCAGACAUACGAGGCUCAUAUCGGGGUGAGUAUCGUCUCGAUCCCACAUGACUGUGAUGUAGACAAGCUGACAGAAUCGCGCGGUCAGAUCUCGCAGGAGCAGAAUGUGCACUGGACAGUCACGGAUACGACGAACACGGACGGGGCUGAAGACCCCGAGCUCUUCCAGGAUUUGUUGCUCAUCGAGUCCUGGGCGGGUGCUGCUGAAGCGACCAAAGUGCAGUUCACGGGGGUGAGGAAGCCGGUACGACACAAGCUCCUGUGGUGUUUUGCAGACGAAGACGAUUCCCUGCGGACGUACGCUACAGAGACCACAGUGCAGGUCCAGAGCGUUGGCCAGGAGCAUUUCCGCUAG